AUGUCGCAAGGAAAAAUCGUGUUGAUGGCUUGCGGCAGCUUUAGUCCGCCGACUUACAUGCAUUUACGAAUGUUCGAAAUAGCAAAAGAUUAUAUCCACUCAUUGGGCCUUGGUACAAUAAUAGGUGGAAUUGUUUCACCCGUUCAUGAUGCAUAUGGCAAAAAGGAUCUAGUCGCUGCAAAUCACAGAAUCUCAAUGCUGAAGCUGGCAUUACGUUCGUCAGGAUGGAUCAAGGUUUCUGAAUGGGAAACUCAACAGGCCGGUUGGACGAGAACCAAGGUUUCUUUACAAUAUCAUCAGGAUACCAUAAACAACAAUUUAACAAGCAACAACGAUAAUCCGCCAUCUUGGUUGCCGGAUGACAUGUUGAAUGUAAACAACAUUCAGCCGCGGGAUUUGAACAAAUUGAACGAACGAAUGAAUGGUAAUAUGGAGGAUAAAGUUACGGUGAAGUUGUUAUGCGGAGCGGAUCUGUUAGAAUCAUUCGCCACUCCUGGAUUAUGGUCUGAAGAAGAUAUGGAAGCUAUCGUUGGUCGCCAUGGUUUGGUUGUCGUUAGUCGCGCGGGUUGCGACCCUGGGAAGUUCAUAUAUGAAUCGGACAUGCUGUAUAAAUACAGGAGAAAUGUUACUCUAGUAACAAACUACAUAGCGAAUGAAGUCUCCUCAACUGUAGUGAGAAGGUUGAUGAGGCGCGGAGAGAGUGCCAAGUAUUUGACCGAAGACAGUGUUCUGGCUUAUAUAAGACAGAAUUGUUUAUAUGGAGCUGAACCUUUUGUUACGUGA